CUGCGCAGCGCUGCGCAGAGCAGUGCAGAGUGCGCACCACCCUACCGCCGAAACUCUCGCGUUGCUCGCUGCGUCUGUUCUCUCCUCCUCCACUACCACCACCACCGCCACCACCCCCCCUCCCCAUCACCACCAACAAGCAGCCCGCCCUCAGUCUCGGCGGCUCCUUCUCCUCUUGACACCCGAGCUGCAGCUGCCGAGGACCCCGCGGCUCAACAUGGCUACGAUUGUCACCUCCACCCGCUUCACAGACGAGUACCAGCUAUACGAGGAGCUCGGAAAGGGUGCGUUCUCUGUAGUUCGCAGAUGUGUGAAGAAAUCUACAGGGCAGGAAUAUGCUGCUAAAAUUAUUAAUACAAAAAAACUUUCAGCAAGAGAUCACCAAAAACUGGAGCGGGAGGCCAGAAUCUGUCGUCUUCUCAAGCAUCCCAACAUUGUGAGACUCCAUGACAGCAUCUCUGAAGAGGGCUUUCAUUACCUUGUCUUUGAUCUGGUAACUGGUGGAGAACUUUUUGAAGACAUAGUUGCUCGAGAAUACUACAGUGAAGCUGAUGCCAGUCAUUGCAUCCACCAGAUACUGGAGAGCGUCAAUCACAUCCACCAGCAUGACAUUGUUCACCGAGAUCUGAAACCUGAAAAUCUGUUAUUGGCAAGCAAGCUGAAAGGAGCAGCGGUGAAGCUGGCAGACUUUGGGCUGGCUAUUGAAGUGCAAGGAGAGCAGCAAGCAUGGUUUGGUUUUGCUGGAACACCUGGUUAUUUGUCCCCGGAGGUUCUACGCAAAGAUCCCUAUGGAAAACCAGUCGAUAUCUGGGCAUGUGGGGUGAUCCUUUAUAUCCUCCUUGUGGGUUACCCACCAUUUUGGGAUGAAGACCAGCACAAACUCUACCAGCAGAUAAAAGCAGGUGCCUAUGAUUUUCCCUCCCCUGAGUGGGACACUGUUACUCCAGAAGCCAAGAAUCUUAUUAACCAAAUGCUGACCAUCAAUCCAGCCAAGAGGAUCACAGCUGACCAAGCUCUGAAACAUCCCUGGGUCUGCCAACGUUCCACUGUGGCCUCAAUGAUGCACCGACAAGAGACUGUUGAGUGUCUGCGCAAGUUUAAUGCUCGCAGGAAGCUAAAGGGAGCAAUCCUCACCACUAUGCUGGUGUCAAGAAACUUUUCAGCCGCCAAAAGCUUAUUAAACAAAAAGUCAGAUGGAGUGAAGAAAAGAAAGUCCAGCUCCAGUGUUUGUUUAAUGCCUCAGACAAACAACAGUAAAAACAAUAUAGUAGACAGCAGCAAAGAGAGCAGCAUUUCAUCCUGCGCACCGAUGGAGCCACAGACCACUGUAGUUCACAAUCCUGCUGAUGGUGUCAAGGGUUCCACGGAGAGCUGUAAUACAACAGAGGAGGAGGAAGCGAGAGCAUCUGCAUGUGGCUCUAGCAAGGACAGUACGGUGAUGAGCCAGUGCAGUGCCACUACAGAGGAGUUGACAGUGCAGGCGGGAUCCCCUCAAUGCCUGCCAGCCACUGGCCUGCUGCAUGAAGUAAAGCGCAAUGCUUGGAACAGUUCAGGACAGACCUCUGAUUUAGAUCAUGCGGUUUCCAUAGCCUCCUCUUCAAGCCCUGUAGGGGGCAGCAGCGUGCAGCAGUGUCGCAAACAGGACAUCAUCAAGAUCACGGAGCAACUGAUCGAAGCUGUGAACAAUGGUGACUUUGAAGCCUACACAAGAAUUUGUGAUCCUGGACUGACAUCCUUUGAACCAGAGGCACUUGGUAACCUGGUGGAAGGAAUGGAUUUCCAUAAGUUCUACUUUGAAAAUUUGCUGAGUAAGAAUAGCAAGCCGGUGCACACCACCAUCCUGAACCCACAUGUACAUCUAAUUGGAGAGGACGCCGCCUGCAUUGCCUAUAUCCGUCUAACACAGUAUAUCGACAGCCAGGGCAGGCCUCGUAGCAGCCAGUCUGAGGAGACCCGGGUGUGGCAUCGCCGCGAUGGGAAGUGGCUUAACGUGCAUUUCCACUGCUCUGGAGCACCUGCUGCACCGCUACAGUGAAGUCUGCAGUCAUUGGUGAAAGCUCGCCUGCACUCUGAACCUGAAAGGAGUUUUCUUCUCCGUAGUGAGAUUGGCGCCGGGAAGUCCGGCCAGACGAGACCUCUCGACGUUUAAAAAAAAUAGAUAAAAAAAAAAAAAAAUUAAAAUGUAAAAAAAAAAUCAACAAAGUGCAACCCUAGCUAGACGUUUGGAGCGUGCUGGGGCAGCUCUGCUCUCGGGAAGGUGCAUGAUUCUCAAGCUGUUUUCUUGUCUUUUCCAUGGAUCCAUCUUUUUGCCCGUUUAUGCUAUCCAGAAGGUGUUUUGGGGGAAAAAAAAGAAAAUGACAGUAAAUGAGUAAAUAAAUAUAAAGGAGAUAAUUCAAGAACUAAUACUUACGUAAGAAAAAUAAUAUUUUUAGAAAAGUGAACCGCUCUUAUAAAGGAUAUUCCUGAGUGUUGCUCAGAGGAUUUUUUUUUAUUAUUAUUUUUUUUAUUAUUUUUCAAGUUGUAGUUGAUAUGAGCAUCCACCAAAUAAGGUGAUCCUGAAGUAAAGUAAAAAAUAGAGAAAAAAGUUGCGAAGUCUGGCAUUUACGUAAAGAGAUUCUGUUGGUUUUGGGCUUUUUUGGGUGUUUGGGGGGAAAAGGGUAGGGCUGUGGGAGCAAGGUAUUGUUGGCAGUUUUUGUUUUUAGAAAUCUCUUGUGUUUUGUGGAGCUCUGGUUAUUACGCCGUAUUUAAGAGCGUAUUUUAUUUUUGAAGAAACUUAAGAGGCGACUUUGUGUUUUCUAAGGUGAACAUGGAUUCUGCUGCUGAGUUUUGGGGCCGACUUUUGCCUCCUCACAAUUGCCUGCUUCUUUGUCUUCUUAGAAUAACAACGACGAAAUGUAAAUUGCACAAAAUGUUUCCUUUGACCAGCCGUAGCUGGAAAGUUUUGAGGCUUCUGCUUUUUUAAGUCACGCAUUCAGCCUGUCCGUCCGUUAAUUAAGGGAUCUUCAAAUUGGGGGCACGGGAGAAGAAGGAAUGUGGCCUGGCGUGGUUCAGACUUUGCCCUCUUUAGCCCCAUUUUGAUGACGAAGCCACAGCGCUGC